AUGAGACAAUUUUAUGUGAGCAAUGCUUUUCUCCAUGGGUACUUAAAGGAGAAUGUUUACAUGGAGAAACCACCUGGAUUUGUUGAUCCAGAACACCCAACACAUGUGUGCCAGCUCAAGAAAUCAUUAUAUGGACUUAAACAAGCUCACAGAGCUUGGUAUGAGCGUUUUAGUGGACAUCUGCUUAAGUAUGGCUCCAUUAAUUAUUUUUGUGAUACUUCUAUGUUCAUUUAUCACAAGCAUUCAAACAGAAUGAUUCUCUUGGUGUAUGUGGAUGAUAUUAUUCCUGUAGGCACUUCUGAAUCCUUACUUGCCUCUUUUAUUACUUCUUUGAAGUCUGAGUUUUCCAUAAAGGAUCUUGGACCCUUACAUUACUUCUUGGGGAUUGAAGAUACUUUGGAUUCUUCUGCUAGUAAGAUGCUUCUUACACAGAAUAAAUAUUUUAUUGAUCUACUAAGGAAACAUGAUAUGUUAGGUUGUAAACCUUGCAAAACUCCAGUGGAAUCUGGUCCAAGGGUUUCUUCUUAUGAUGGUGACCCUCUCAAAGAUGCUGCCUCUUAUAGAAUCUUAGUAGGUGGACUUCAAUAUUCGACACUUACUAGAUCAGAUAUUAGUUUUGCAGUAAACUAUGUGAGCAAGUUCAUGCAUAACCCUACAGAUGUCCAUCUCCAACUUGCUAAACGUAUUCUCAGAUACAUGAAAGGUUAUUUGGGUCAAGGUCUUACUUUGGGCAGUGGAAAUUGCUCAGAAAUUACUGCCUAUUGUGAUAGUGACUGGGAUGGUUGUCCUAACACAAGGAAAUCCACCUCAGGAUAUUGUGUUUUUGUGGGAGGUAAUUUAGUUUCCUGGUUUUCCAAGAAACAACAUACCAUUUCUCGAUCCUCUACAGAGGCUGAAUACAUAGUACUUGCAAAUGCAGCAACUGAAAUUCUCUGGAUUUCUUAUCUAUUUGAGGAAUUAUCAGUCUACUUAUCUCUUCCAUGUCGUCUCUUCUGUGAUAAUCUUGGUGCAGGUUGUGUUACAGAGGCUUAUGGGUCUAAAGUGACUUGGUGA